GUUCUACAGCAGACGAGGGUGGAGUCAGAAUGUAAUCACACCGUAUCCAACAGAAACAAAAGUGUGACGCGAAAGGGACACCUUCGUGGCCGGGGGAAGGACCUGAAGGAAAACUGAAAACUAUGGUAUCCUUCACCUGAGCGCUGACGGAACGCAGACUAGGGCUGAAUGGUGGCAACUUGAAUAUAUCAAUCAGUAGACACGGAGACUGAAAGAAUUCACCGACGUAUAACCAGGAAAUGAAACAAGGGCCAAAUUUGAGAAGACAGACCCAUGAAGGAAACCAGGAAAUAAAAGAAAAAUAAAGUACGCAAUGUAUUGAAGGCGGGAGGAAUCAGAAAAAUAACAAGGAUUGGUGAUGUUAUAUUUUGUUGCCGAUUCUGUCGGAAAGGGUCAAAAGCACCUGGUAGGAACUACGUCGAACCCGGAGUUGCAGUCAAUGAUGCAGCAGAGCAGCGAGUUAUACCUGUUGAAUAUGAAACUGAGCCUGGCAUAAUGUAGUGCUGUACUACAGUCAGCCUGUAUGCAGCUGAACCCCGAUGUUUUACUGGAAAUUAAUCCUGAACUAAGAAAUUCAACUCAAUACGGUGUAAAGCACCAGAUGUCAAAAGUACAACAUGCAAGCAGUUAAAUACUAAAAGUGAGAUGGAACUGUUGAGGGAAACUUUAAUCCACAGCAACUUUAAACAGUUUUGGUGUACUUGGUUUGAUUUUGUAUGGCAGUUUCUCCGAUGGCAGUGUACAGUACAUAGUCAUUCCAUCUGACGCUAGUUUUCUACGUGGAAUAAAACUCGCUGAGUGCUUGGACGUUUAAUGAAAUGCGGAUUUAAAACAUGGGAAAUAAACAACGUCGUUAAUGAAAAAGGUGAACUUCCACAGCCACUGAAAGUGCAGAAUUUCCAAGGAGUGUCGUUGCAUCCUGCAAAAAAAAAUGUUUCUGUUGUAUUGAGGAGUUUUUGAUACUGACCGACAAGUUCUCCAGAUGUCUGAGCUUUCUGAGAUCAGAGCUGGUCGUUUCCCAGCAAAUCGUUCCCGAAUCCAGCAGAGUAUCUUGGAGGAUCAGAUUGAAUUAUGGUGGUUCCAGGACAUGAAAAGAGUGAUCUUGUGCUACUUCGUGACGUUGUUCUUGAUGUUAGGGACUGGAAUAGGGGGGAUUGUUCUGAUAUCUACAACCAUCAGUAAAUCUGGUGAAUGGAGACUGGGCAUAGGAAUUCUCCUGUGCCUAUUAUCUUUAGUUAUUCUCUUUAAACAACUGUUGACCUCUGCCCUCCAGGACAUGAACUGUGUGAGGAACAGGGCUUAUAUCGACAAGUUAAGGAGUGGUGGAUUAAUUGAUUAUCUGGUUAUUUCAUUCACUGGAUUCAUAGUACUUACCUGUGGUUAUAGCGUGAUAAUUGUGGCAAAUUCUGAACGUUACCCUCCAGUUAGAUACUGGAGUGAUAAGUUGAUCGCAGGGGUAGUUCUAACAGUGAUCGGUUCCACCAUUCUGAUUGUACUAUUUUUCUAUGUGUUAAUCUUCAAACUAUAUUCCUAUAUAGUAGCUAGGUCCACAAUCAGAAGGGAGCAAAAUGUUUUUACUAUUUCAGGAAGCAAUGUGGUAGAGAGCCGAACAGAAAUCUCUGCUAGUACCUCCAACAUAUUAUAAGAUAGGCAAUGGCCGAGUUCAUUGCAAGAUAACCAACUGAUCAAAUAUUGAGAACACUGUACAGUGAAGGAUAGUUCAUCUCGACUUCCUAAUCAAUCGUCUGAGAUCAGUUACUGGAUUUUGUUAAUAUGGUGGCACAGUUGUGCAACUAGAACUGCUUCCUUCCAGCUCCAGUGAUGUGAGUUAAUUACUGACCUUAGAAACAUAGAAAACCUACAGCACAUUAUAGGCCCUUAGGCCCACAAAGCUGUGCCGAACAUGUGCUUACCUUGGAUACUGCCUGUGUGGAUUAUCCACAUUCUCUCUCUCACACACACUUAACUGGUGUUCCACUUUCUUCCCAGUCCCAAGGGUGCGAGGAUUGACUGACUACUGUAAAUUAUCCCUGGUACAUAGGUGAGUGGUACAUUUUGAGGGAAUUGUUGUCAAUGUGGGGACAAUAAAGUGUGAUUGAUCUAAUAGUGGAGCAUCUCCACCAUGAUAAAACAAUACCAACUCCAAUGGACAGGUCAUGAAAUCCAGAUACCUAACUCACAUUCCCCCAAACACAUCCUUUACCAUCACUUGAAGGAAGGUCAGUGAGCCCCUGGUGGGCAAAGGAAACAUGUUAAAAAGAACAUCAAAACCAGCCUGAAGAAACUCACCAUUACGUCUAAAAACUGGGAAGACAUUGCACAUAAAAGAUACACUUGGAGAAAUCUGUUCAAGAGGGAGCUGUGCUACAUGACAACAGCCUCUGCUCUGCUUCAGAGAAUGUGGCAGCUGUGAAAGGAGAGACUGGGAAAAUGAAAGGACCUGACCACCAAGCUCAGUCAUCACUUAAUUUUGCCCACACCCCACCAGAUUAUGUGGAUCCCAGACUCUCCUCUACAGCCACCUGAGGAGCCACCAGUAGGAGAACAUCUUACUCUACUUGAGUGAUUGCACUAAUAAUACUAGAGAUUGAUGUAGAGCACAUUCGUCUAAGUGGGUGCUUGAUAGCAUAGAAUCAAUGAGCUAAAGGGUUUGUCUAUGUGUCGUAUGGCAGUAUGACUAUUAUUAAUAAGGAGAACGUUAAAGGAAUACUCUAAACUACAUCACAUACUUCUGAUGUAGUUUGACCCCCCCAAACCCCAUUGAUCCCAUUUUCCUUUUUUCAUAUUUUUCCCAAUAGCCCAGCAAUUUACUUCUUCUUGUUAGGGGUAAUUUAGAGAAAUUAGUUAACUUUCCAGCCCAUUACUGGGAUGCUGGAACACCUGAUGGUCAUUGGGAUACACUACAAAUUCCACACAGCACCCGAGGGCAGGACUAGACCCGAUUCUUUGCCAUUAUGACCAGCUGUGAACUUUGCAAUAUAAUCUUGGGCAAAUUCCAAAUACAGGAGCCGUAUAUAUAGAGUAAAGUGUGAACAAAUUCAAUCAUGUUAAUAUUUAUAUUAAUGAAACCAAUUUAAGAAGUAUAAACAGUUCUACAAAUUCUUUACUAUAAUUUAUAAUACUUCAAUUCAGAAGUUUGAACUGAAUGCAAAUAUAAAACUUAAUUAAGGUAAAGUCAGUUAGAAUGUAAUACUGUUACAGACUUUUUCAGAAGUAAAUCAGUUAUCUAGACUUCUGUUUUAAAUCCUUGUCAAUGAAGAAUGUGAAGAUAGUGUUGUCUCACCACUAUUGGUACACCAAUUAAAAUAAAUUAUU